AUGAACAUGAGUGCAUUUGAUUCUGAAUGUAGUAGUGGAUGUGAGUCAGGUUGGACUCUAUACUUCCAACAUUCUUAUGGAGAAAAUACUAGAUUCAUAGAUGGAAGUGAAGGGUAUUAUGGGAAAUACAAAGACAAAAGAGUCAUCACAAAUGAUGAAAAUUACUCUCAAGAUUUGUCCAUGGUUUCUGAUGCUUCUUCUGGUCCUCCACAUAUUCCUUAUGACAAUGAAAAACACAAUGGUAAUUCCUUAGUGAAACAAAACAACAAAAGUGAAACAAAGAAACAAAAAGUUAGAGAAAAUGUUGAAGAAGUUCAACAGAAUCUUCCUUCUUUUCUUCAUGAUACUGCUAGCUCUCAUGUCUUUGACUUUUCAACUAACAAUGUUAUUGAGACAAAUCAACAAAAUUAUUCACAAGGUUUUUCAGCAACUAACUAUUUUGAGGGAAGAUCUUCAUAUCAAGAAGAAAAUUUUGGUUUUUUACAAGCAUCUCAAUCAGAAAAUGAACUUCAAAGCAACAAGAGAUGGUAUGGAAGCAAAAAAGGUUUUGGAAUGAGGUGA